AUGUGCUCGGCCGGGGAGCUGCUGCGGGGCGGCGCCGGCGGCGGGGAGCGCGACGAGGACGGGGCGGCGCCGGCAGAGCGGGCGGAGGAGCGGGAGCCCCGGGCGAGCCCGCGGCGCAGGCGGCGGCCGGACGAGGGCGAGCAGGAUGUUGAAGAAUCACAAAACCACACUGGCGAACCCAUUGGAGAUGACUACAAGAAAAUGGGAACACUUUUUGGUGAACUGAACAAAAACCUCCUCAACAUGGGCUUCACAAGGAUGUAUUUUGGAGAACGAAUUGUGGAACCAGUAGUGGUCAUUUUCUUUUGGCUUAUGCUAUGGUUCCUUGGCCUACAAGCCCUUGGACUAGUUGCUGUUCUUUGCCUUGUCAUUAUUUAUGUACAGCAGUAAAACACUGGACAUUUGGUAGCCAUGUAUGUAAGUGAUAGAGCUAUACACUUGGGCUUUUGAAAGCCAAAAUGGUUUGACAUAUUUCAUAUUGUGUACUGACUGUUUUGUAAUUAAAAUUAUAAAUGAAUUUCUUUAAAACACAACUCUUUGUUAUAACAAGGAUGAAUAUAUAUUUUUGACUAUAUAUUAGCUUAUUCAAACUCUUUUUCACUCCUGUGAUCUGUACCUACCUUGAGACACCUUCUUCCCAAUGCCACGUCUGAACAUGACCCAACAGUGAUGGGAAAAAGCAUGGCAUGGAGCUGCAGUGAAGUGAUGUAAAUCUUGUAAAGUUCCAGUGAAACAUUUUGGAAGAAGAAGGGAAAAGUAGCUAAGAAUAAGUUUUAAUUAGGAAACUGUUCCACCCCCACCUCCACUGAAAAAUCCCAUUUGGGGAAGAUAAUUUGUCUCUUUGUCGUUUCUGCGUAGUCCAAAGCAAAGUAAAGGAUAACUGCCACAUACCGCCAUAGUGCUGUGAAAAUGAAUAACGCUAGCUGUUUCCAGAAGACUGACAAUAAUAUAUUUAUUAUCGUUGGUGAAGUUUAGGGGUGUAAUGUAAGUUUUUUAUGUGUUAUCUUUGGGCCUUCAUUACAUUGUAAAGUUAGAGACGACUCUGGUGCUCAUUUCUCCUUGUGAGUUCUAAGGCCGCACGCCUGGCAGUGCCUGUAAUUUGUACCUAGCCAGUUGCAUGUCUUUCCUAGAGAUGUUUUCAGUGCAUUUGUUUCCAAAAGUUUAUAAUUUUAUAGUUCUUUUCUAACAAUUAUUCUAAGGUUUAACACAAUGCCUUUCCUGUCAUAGCAUGGUGCCCACCCCUAAAGAAUGAUUUCUAUCAUAUAAUAGACAAAAACCAGAUCAUUUUUCUUUGAUAUCUGUAUUGAAGAAUACAAAAGUACAGAAUAAAAUCACAUUCUUAAAUUGAGAACUCAGUGGCCACUUGUAAUAUUCUAGGAUUAAAGCCAAUUUGCUAGCCAUGAUUUUACUGUGUACUAUGGGGUUUUAUAUUGAAACAAUCAUUUCUUUAAAUAUACUUUGAAAAUUAAAAGUGACUUUGAUGCUUUUGGUUUUGUUAAAGUACCUGAAAUCUUUACCAUUUUGCCUAAAAGUCAUCUAUUUGAACAAAGAAAUUUAAAUACAAAAAUGGGGCGGCGAGGUAUUUUUGUUUGGCAGGGCCUUAACUAAAGCAAGAAGGUAUUUACUAGGCCACUUUGUAAAGUUCAUACUCAUGCAGUCUUAAACAUUAUUCUGUAAGAAAUUCUGAAACAGAAAAUUAUGAAAACAGGAGCACUAACAUGUAUUGUUCAUCUGUGUAUUGUGUAUAAACAUAGGCCUCUAAAAUUUGGCUUUUGAAAAACAAAA